AGGCGCUGGACACCGAGGACGAGCUGCGGGACAUGGGCUCGGACGCGGCCGUGCCCUCCGAGGUGCGGGACUGGCUCGCCGCCACCUUCACGCAGCAGGCGCGGGCCAAGGGGCGCCGCGCCGAGGAAAAACCCAAAUUCCGCAGCAUCGUGCACGCCGUGCAGGCUGGCAUCUUCGUGGAGAGGAUGUUCCGCCGGACGUACACGGCCGUGGGGCCGAGCUACUCCUCCUCCGUGCUCAACUGCCUGAAGGGCCUGGACCAGUGGUGCUUUGACGUGUUCUCUCUGCACCGCGCGGCCGAGGAGCACUCGCUGCGCACGGUGGUGUUCGAGCUCUUCACCCGCCACAACCUCAACAGCCGCUUCAAGAUCCCCGGCGCGUUCCUGACGGCGCUGCUGGAGGCGCUGGAGGGCGGCUACGGAAAGUUCCGGAACCCCUACCACAACCAGGUGCACGCGGCCGACGUCACCCAGACCGUGCACUGCGUCCUGCUGCGCACCGGCAUGCUGCACUGUCUCUCCGAGAUCGAGCUCUUGGCCAUCGUCUUCGCCGCCGCCAUCCACGACUUCGAGCACACGGGGACAACCAACAGCUUCCACAUCCAGACCAAGUCGGACACCGCCAUCCUGUACAACGACCGCUCGGUGCUGGAGAACCACCACAUCAGCGCCGUGUUCCGCCUGAUGCAGGACGAGGAGCUCAACAUCUUCGUCAACCUCACCAAGGACGAGUUCGCGGAGCUGCGGGCGCUGGUCAUCGAGAUGGUCCUGGCCACCGACAUGUCCUGCCACUUCCAGCAGGUCAAGUCCAUGAAGACGGCGCUGCAGCAGCUGGAGAGGCUGGACAAGUCCAAGGUGCUGUCGCUGCUGCUGCACGCGGCCGACAUCAGCCACCCCACCAAGCAGUGGGCGGUGCACAGCCGCUGGACCAAGGCGCUGAUGGAGGAGUUCUUCCGGCAGGGGGACAAGGAGGCCGAGCUGGGGCUGCCCUUCUCGCCCCUCUGCGACCGCACCUCCACGCUGGUGGCCCAGUCGCAGAUCGGGUUCAUCGACUUCAUCGUGGAGCCGACCUUCUCGGUGCUCACCGACGUGGCCGAGAAGUUGGUGACGCCGCUGGCCGAGGACGGCUCCAAGGCCAAGGGCAACCCCGCGGCCACCCAGCAGCCCAGCUCGCAGUGGCGGCAGCCGUCCCUGGAUGAGCACCUGGAGCUGGGGGACCUCAAAGCCGACCUGGCCGGGUUCCGCUCCACCUGGACCAAGCACAUCCAGGAGAACAAGCAGAAGUGGAAGGAGAGGGCGGCCAGCGGCAUCACCAACCAGGCGUCCAUCGAUGAGCUGUCCCCGUCCCCGGGAGAGGAACCCGCGGCCACCGGGCCCCACAGCGAGAACGGGGACGUGGAAUAGCGGCGGGAGGAGCGAGGUCCUUGUCUGACCCAGUGACACCGUCUCGUCUUCGAUGCCAUCGAGUUCAGCACCAUCCGCAGGGCAGGAGCCCCCGGGCCGGGCUCGGAUCGGUGUCACCCCCGUGCCAGGACCGGUGUCACCCCCGUGCCGGGACCGGUGUCACCACCAUGCCAGGACCAGUGUCACCCCCGUGGCAGGACCGGUGUCACCCCCGUGCCGGGACCGGUGUCACCGCCAUGCCGGGACCGGUGUCACCUCUGUGCCAGGAGCCCCCCAGGCCGGGAUUGGAUCGGUGUCACCCCUGUGGCAGGACUGGUGUCACCUCUGUGCCAAGAUCGGUGUCACCGCUGUGCCAGGACUGGUGUCACCUCUGUGCCAAGAUCGGUGUCACCGCCGUGCCAGGACCGGUGUCACCUCUGUGCCAA